UCUAAAACCCUUAAAAAAUCUCACAGAAUUUCUCAUGGUGGAAGCAAGGUUCCCUCUCUAGUGCAUGGCUAUGUUGCAGAGCUUGUGCAUGGCUCCCAUGGCGUUUAGGUAUAGAAUUAGCCAUGGCCUGAACGUUUUGCCCGUCAGAUUGGGGCCAAGGCGUCAAUGGCGUUCUGUUUUCAGUUGCCAUGCUUGCCUUUCCUCUAUGUCCUCUGAAUCUCGCCAUAUCCUUCUUGGAAUGGCUGAGAAGGAGCUUCAGCAACUCGCUCUUGAAUUUGGACAGCAAAGCUAUCGGGGAAAGCAAAUCCACAGUCUGCUUUACAAGAGAAAGGCCAAGGACAUCCAGGAUUUCAGUCACAUUCCUCAAGCUUUUAGAGACUCUCUCAAAGAAGCAGGCUGGAAGGUUGGUCGCUCUCCUAUUCAUCAAGUCGUUACUGCAGCAGAUGGAACCAUCAAGGCGUUGAUAAAGCUGGAAGAUAGCAGACUCGUUGAAACUGUUGGCAUACCAGUUGAAGAUGAUGAUGGUAGUUACCGGCUUACUGCUUGUGUCUCAUCACAGGUAGGGUGCCCAUUGCGCUGUGCAUUUUGUGCCACUGGCCAGGGAGGAUACUCAAGGAACCUUCAGCCUCGUGAAAUUGUUGAGCAGGUCUUGACCAUAGAGGAGCUCUUUAAGCGUAGGGUGACAAAUGUUGUGUUCAUGGGAAUGGGAGAACCAAUGUUGAACUUGACGUCCGUUUUGGAAGCUCAUCGAUGUUUGAACAAGGAUAUUCAAAUUGCGCAAAGGAUGAUUACAAUUUCCACAGUGGGUGUUCCAAACACAAUACAGAAAUUAGCUUCACACAAACUUCAAUCCACUUUGGCAGUGAGGUAUGCCCAUAACGCUCCUUACAAUUGGGUGUGUAGGCGGGAGGGCGGGCGCGCAUGUGUGUGUGUGUGUGUGUGUGUGUGUGUGUGUGUGUGUGUGAGAGAGAGAGAGAGAGAGAGAGAGAGAGAGAGAGAGAGAGACAGGUAGUUGGUAGCUGAAAUAAAUGAUAGUGUGGAGCAUGCUAUAGAACUUGCAGAGCUGCUUCACAGAUGGGGCAGUGGCUAUCAUGUGAAUAUUAUACCUUUCAAUCCCAUCGAAGGAUCACAAUUUCGGCGGCCAUACAAGAAACCAAUACUUGCAUUUGUGGCGGCUCUUGAAUCCCGUAAAAUAACUGCGAGUGUGCGGCAAACACGUGGGUUGGAUGCCAGUGCUGCCUGUGGGCAGCUGCGAAAUGAGCACCAAAAGGACCCCCUUUCUGUCUUGAGAUAAGCUAAAUGAAAUGUAAAGUAGAAACAAAAACCCUCUAUUACUAUACAAUGCCUGCCCAUGAGCUUUGGGCAGCAUGGUUUUGAGAAGAGGCUUGGUGACACCCUUUUCGGUCCGUGAAGAGGGCGCUGUAAACUUGCGAGGGGGAGAGAGAGUUCUCAUUUUUUAUUUUUUUUUGAAGAAAGAGAUAUUUUGCCGCAAUACUCAGGAAGGUAAGAUUUUGGCUAUGUAUUUUUUUGUACUGAUAACUAUUGCACAAAAGCUCUCAUCUUUUGGUCAGGGGUUUUAGAACCACUGCAUAUGGUCUUGGAUACCAAGUCAUUACCCAUUGAAAAGAAGAAAGGAACAUGGCAUUUGUCUGUGAGAUUGUGCAGGGAAAAGAAGAGAAAAAGGGCAAUGAAAGCUAGAGAAUGGGAGUCAUCCGGAUCCAUACCUACAUUGUCAGCUUGGUAAUGAAAAUAUCGGAUCAUAUGCAAAAUUGUCUGUUUCAGCUUCGCAGGUGAGCCAUUGCAUUAUUUUUUAAAACGAUUCAAAAUGUCUUAUUAUAUUGUUUACAUCAAAUUGUCCAUCUUCUGCUCUUUGAAGCUUCUCAAAUGGAUUAUGCCAUUAUCUUUUGAAGAGAUAUCAGGUGACUUUAUUAUGUUGUUUGACAGGGAAGGUCAUAAAAUGGACGAUUAAAGUAACUGUUAACUAAUUUAUCAUAAAUUUCUCUUUCCAAUAUCAGUUACUUCGUAAACCAAAAGUUAUCUGCAUGAAUAUCUUGAAUUCAGUUUGUGUAUAUUAUCGGAACUUGAGCAGUGUUA